GUUGAAUAAAUUUUUUGAUGCAGAGCAGACGACAAGGUUUCAACUAUGGCGUGCUGUAGACCGGUAACGCAUGUGAUUUUUGAUAUGGAUGGAUUAAUAUUUGAUACAGAAAAGGUAUACACCCAAAUGACUCAAGCUGUUGCUGGACGCUAUGGGAAAACUUUCACGUGGGACAUGAAAGUAAAGGCCAUGGGUAAAGUAGCUAUGGAAUCGGCAAAGAUCAUGGUUGAAGAAAUGGACUUGCCAUUGACUCCGGAGGAAUAUGAAAGUGCCAUUAGCGAACUAUCUGAAGAAUAUUUCUUGCAUACAGAAGUCUUACCUGGUGUGGAGAAGCUGGUGUAUCAUUUACAUGAACAUAAAGUCCCUAUUGCCAUCGCUACGAGCUCCAAGCAACACACGUACGAGAUAAAGACGAAAAAUCACCAAGAACUCAUUAGCAAGUUCCACCAUGUAGUGUGCGGGUCAACUGAUCCUGAAGUCGUUAAUGGAAAACCUGCACCCGACAUUUUUCUCGUCUGCGCGAAUCGUUUCCCAGAUAAUCCUCUGCCAGAAAAGGUUCUGGUGUUUGAGGACGCUCCAAAUGGAGUCGAAGCAGCAGCAGCCGCUGGUAUGCAAGUAGUAAUGGUUCCCGAUCCAAGAAUGGACUCGAAACUACGCGAGAACGCAACUCUAGUCCUAACUUCUUUAGAAAAUUUCCAGCCUGAACUUUUCGGCCUACCUCCAUACUAAAAAUGAUGCAGCUUUGUUAUAAAUAGCAUUCCUGUGAAGUAGAAACUAUUUUU